AUGUUCUCUUUUAUUCCUGUUGUUAUUGCCUCAGUUUUUGUAAUUCCUGUAUUUUGUAUCGAAAAACAAAAAGUAGGAGUGUUGAUAGUGGUGGAUGAAGAUCAAAACUCUCGAUUGCUGAGUGACAGAGUCAAGGUAAGCGCGAUCCUUUACUAUCUGAAUUGUAUUUAUAUUAGACCACAAUAAAUGAUGAAAUAAAAGAAUUGAAUUUGGAAGCAGAAACAUUCGAAUGGGAGGUUUCAUUGGACGGGAAGGAUAGGUAAGAUGAGGUCGGAUUAUCAAUUAGCAGGUGAUUAAGUCCUUGCGUAAGGUUCUUGUAUUCAUUAUAUAUAGACAGGUUAACCGAUUGUUCGUAACCAAAGAGUUGGUAUGUCGCGAUCUUCUCAACAGUUCCAUAGCCAUCUUUUUGGUCCAAUGUACCCGAAAAGAAAACAGUGCCGCUUUGGCCGUUUUCUCGGCCGUUGGCUACGCCCUUGGAUUCUAUCGAGUCCCAGUGAUCGGCGUAAUGGUUAAGGACGCUCAGUUCUCCAGAAAGGUAUCGGAUUUUUUAUAUUAUCCAUCAAGCUGUAUGCCCAAAAUUCCUCCAGAAUGUCUACCCGACCUUUCUCCGAACUUCCCCUCCAUUCAGUAACGAGGCGUUUGUCUUUGUCCAUCUCUUGAAUGCCCUCAAAUACCAUCAGGUUGUGGUGAUUACGGUAGCGGAAGACGUAAAUGGCCAAGAAUUUGUCCAAGUAUUUGACAGUCUUAGUAUUCGAAACAAGAUUCAGGUAUUUUUGAUUCAGUCAUGCAUAAUUUUUGUUAUUCCAGAUCCAAAAACACAUUGAAAUUGAGGAUGCUAAUUUCAAUUUGACCGAAUCCCUCAAGGGCACAACUUCUAAUACGAUUAUUUUGUAUGCCAAGACUUCAAAAGCCUUCAGAAUCUUCAAUGAAUCCGUUGAACUCUUUGUGAAAGGUCGGGUCUGGUUGGUAAAUGAAGCCGGCUUCAAAGCGGACAAUGUGCCCAGAGGGGUUUUAUCGGUCAGACUGCGUCAGACCGUCCUCAGCUCGUUAAGAGAUGCGUUGGCGGUGUUGCGAAACGGAUUGGAGAUUUUCGAUGAUUUUAUUGAGGUCCGUCCACCUUCUCAAUGCAAGAUCAACAAAAACAAUGAGUGGAUUAAUAAUAUUGGGCAGCGAUUUUAUGACAAGAUGAUAACUUCCAAGGUCCAUAGUGACUACCAUGACAUCGAAUUUGAUGGGAAUGGAGAUCGAACAGAGGCUUCGUAUGAUGUUCUUAAUCACCAUGCAGAUGGUGAUGCCAUUGUUGGAUUUAUGGUGGGUCUAUGUUUUGAGAUUGAUGUUUUUAGACCCAUUACGGUAACUUAUCCAUCAAUGAGUCCUCGAUUGUAUGGCCUGGAGAUAGUUUGUUGAAGCCUCAAGAGAUUACACUGCCAAAGAAUCUCAAGGCCGUUACGGUACCCGAUCCCCCAUUUACGUAUUCGAUUCCAGUCGCUGAGAAAAGUCAAUGCAAAUAUUAUAAGACAAUGUUUGUGGAGGGAGGUCAUGUGGUAAGUCGUGCCAACUUUCCUUCUUAUAUAGUUGCACUCUUUUGAUCUUUAUAUUGUUUUAGCCAGGUCCUUGGACCCCCUGUACCAAAAAGGAGAACCUCACUUACACUUCCUACCAUUGCUGUGCUGGAUUUGCCAUCGAUUUGUUAGUACAGCUCUCGUCGAUGGAAGCCCAAAGAGAUGCCACUUUCGAGUUUGAACUCCAUUUAAAUGAUACUUAUGGGGGUCCAGUCGUCACUGAAGAUGACCUCAUUUUGAAUGGAAUGAUCGGAGAAUUGGAUAUUGGACUAGCUGAUCUGGCCAUCGGCGCCUUGUCGAUUAAUCCGGAACGGGAAAAGUACGUGGAUUUCAGUGAGCCAUGGCUGUUUCAUGGAAUUCGAGUGCUCGAGAAAUGGGUAGGGCGGUGCAAUAAACACUGGUCGACCAAAUGUGAUUACUGUAAUCCUGAUUUCAGCAUCCUCGAGAUUCUCCAAUGGAAUCAUUUCUGCAACCUCUGAAGAAGAGUUUAUGGGGAGCCCUCUUUGUGUCUGUUCUCGUCAUUGGGUGCAUAAUAUAUCUACUGGAUUGGAGGUAGAAUAAUUUAAUGAUAUAUCGAAGGGAAUGGAUAUGUUUUGCAGAUCUCCUUUCAACAUUCCCUAUCAAAAAGAUAUCUUCACGAGACCAGAAUUGGAGGAUACCCCGGUUUCCUUCGGCGAGGCAAUGUGGUUUGUUUGGGGCGUGCUACUUAACUCGGGAGUCAGCGAAAGUACGUUUGCGAUCAUUUGCAGUGAUUUCAAAGUUGGGCAAGAGUUAUCUUAUCUUAGAGACUCCUCGUUCGUUUUCCGCGCGAGUUCUUGGAAUUGUUUGGUGUGGAUUUUGUAUGAUUAUGGUAGCCUCUUAUACGGCCAAUCUGGCCGCGUUCUUGGUUCUGGAUCAACCUGAUAAGAGUCUCAAUGGCAUCAAUGAUCCGAAGGUGAGGGUUUGUCACCAUUUUUUUAGUCAUCAUGCUCUCAUCGGAGAUUUUACACCUCUUAACUUAUGGUUUGAUCCUAAAUUGUUCUCCAACCGUAUUUUAGUUCCGAAAUCCUUCCAUAAAUUUCUCAUUCGGCACAGUAAUCCACUCCAACACGUACCAAUAUUUCAAACGACAGGUCGAAUUAAGUACAAUGUUCAGGAAAAUGGAGAGCCACAAUUAUAAAACCGCCCAAGAAGCGAUCAAUGCUUUGUUAAAUGAGUAAGAUUUAAUCGUUCGUGCCAUGAACGGUUGAGUACUUUACUUAUUUUUUUUAGAAGCCUGGGGGCAUUUAUUUGGGAUUCGGCUCGUCUGGAUUUCGAGGCCUCAAAGAAUUGUGAUCUCAGAGCCCGGGGAACCUUAUUUGGGAGGUCUGCGUAUGGUAUUGCCCUCAGGAAAAACUCCCCUUGGACUCCUUAUAUAACUUCAAGGAUCUUGAAACUGGCUGAGAGUAAGGUUGUCUUUACAUCCUGUUUUAGUUCACAUUUAGCGGGAGAUAUUCAGAAAAUGGAGAGUAAAUGGAUCGGGACAGCAGGGAAAGAGAAGUGUCAUCAUGAAAUCCACAAGACUCCGGCCAGAUUGGGAUUACAGAAUAUGAGAGAUCUGUUCAUAUUAGUGGCCGUGGGAGUGGUGGUCGGAUCUAUCUUGAGCUUUUUUGAAGUUCAAAUUGGAAGGAAGAAGCUAAAAGAAGGGUAAGUUAAAUAAUAGAAACCCUAGGGAAACACAGACUCGACUGAAUGGAAACUUGUGUAAUAUGAUGUCUGAAAUGUAUUACAGUAAACGAAAACGCCUCGCAUUCAAUUACGCGCAACGCUGGCGCCUCCGGGCCCGUCAACAAUCAGCUGAUUCGGGCGCUCUCAAGACCAUCGAAGAUCAACAACAGGUGCGUGACAAAGCCCGCGGGACUUGUAAACCGCGUUUCAACUCGAGUUCAAGGGUCUAAUCCUCUCCUUGCAGGACCCACCCAACAGACAAACAAGAUCCAUUAACCUGGACUUUAAUGAGCGCCCUUGUCGAGUUUAUUGUAGUAGAUGUCGGAAGGCCGUUACCACCAUCCCCAAGCCCGUGGUUGGAGGCUUUGCCAUGUUCUGUACAGUCUUACUGGUGGUCACAUUUCUCUGGCCAUGUGCAAUAUUCCCAUGCAUAUUAAGGGCUUUCGCUGACUAUUUACAUUAUUGCCCGAUUUGCAGUCACACGAUCGGGCAGUAUCGAAAGUUUAGAAGUCCUAGGUUUUUUGUGUAGAAUCUUUCUAUUAUUCCACCAAUUAGACUCGAGUAAUUCUUACAAAAAAUCUAAUUAUAAAUCAAAUUGAUUACGAGACUUCACAUGAAUAACAUCACUUAAAGAUAUGUUGUCUAAAAACCCACCCCACGCUUGACAGAUGUCAAACCCAUAUUUUUAAACCAGUGAGUUCCAUUCUCUGUUCUGUGGAUCACGAAGGGUCAGGUCUGUAAUCUUAUCCUUCUUCUUUAAAGCUCAUUUGUUUGAAACAACAAAAAUUAACCGAGAAGAGCGAAAAAAUAACAUUGAACCUGAAGAGAGAUGAAGAUCACAUCAUAUCCUGGCCAUAUGCCGACAUAAUGUGGGCGGGGUAAAAUGGGAUGUCCGAUAAACACGAGAUCCACGGAGUUGAGUCAUCAUCCCAGAUCAUAUAAAAUAAGAUAUCAAUAGCUUUUGUUUUUGCUAUGAGAUUGCAAACAAUGUUGUGGGGAUUAUAUUGGAAUGGUAUGCUUUUAUUUGUCGUACCGUAUACAAUCAUAAAGGGUCAUCAUUUUAGUUGAUCAUAAAUAAUAUAAAAUAUUCUUUCAAGUCCUAAUCUACGUAGCUGAUAUAAGGCCAGGGCGUCGAUUACCGUCUCAUUUCCGAACGUCCAGUCCAUAUUUUGUCAUCUUUUUUUUGUGUCGGCCGUUCGUUCCCCGUCUAAAGUACAAAUCAAAAAGUUUGAAGGCCACACAAACGACAUCCAUUACAAAAUAAAGACAAGUCUCUUUUUAUAAACUCAUAUCUUCAGUUUUAUUCACUGCAAGAUGGAUAUUCUGCAUGAUCUUUCUUCCGAGCACAGAUGUCUGAGUUCUGAUCGUAAAUAUUAACGUUUGCGGGAUCAAGUUUAUGAUCACCCAUCCAGUCUCGAAUUGAAAACUGAUAUCCUAGAUCUCGUUGAGAGUAUUUGAAUUCUCGAUUGAGAAUGGUUGGAUGACCAAAUGUCUUAAUAAAAAUGUAAUUUUAUCACUCUAUUUUAUAUUCCCCUUCAUGUUGAGUAUUUUUGUAAACGUUGAAGUGGGGGUUAUUUAAUUGUCCAAUCUUUGAUUUCGAAGUUUCGUCCCCAAUCCGGCCUGAGGGUCCUUUUAGCGGGGAUAUGAGGUCCUGACCAAAUGUUUGCAAAAAAUUUUAUAAAUCCUCGCAAUUCGCGGUAUCUUGAGGACGAAACGUGAUUUUCGAACUUCCGUGAAGAGGGUCGGCCUGAAGAUCUCCCACCCGCCGCAGGCCCCGGGAAAUCGCGUUUUUCAUGCGCUUUAGAAGAGAAAUAUCGAAUUUCGUUGGAUCGGGGUGGAGCCUGCGGGUGGCCUUAGGUCCCGUUACCAGGCCAUGUGAGAGAAAACUUGGCUUCCAAUCAAGCACAAAGUCACAGAGAAAGUCAUUUCAGUGUCAAACCCGCCAGGAACCAAUUGCUAUUCGGGUUAGUGGCGUGCAAUCCUGACGGUCACAAAAUGGUAGGUCUUUCCGGGUUUGGAACGGAACCCGGGUUACGGUAGCCAGCUGGUCAAGGUGGAUGGGGGUCUUACGAGGAACUCUCGAAUUGUCAGAUAAAACCACAAUGACUAAGCUACCUCUUUCUAUCUGGCCUUAAACAUUGUUUUUCUUUGUAACCUCGGAUCUAUUUACACCUGAGAGAUCAAGUGCAACAUCUAGAAAAAUCCUUUCUUCUUGAGGUUGUUGUUGUUUACAGAAACACUUUAUACCGUAUAAUUGUUUUGAAACCACUUCUAACACAGCAAAAAAGGAUCAACUGACUAGCCAAAGGCCAUCAAUUUCCACUAAUUGCCAAUUAAAAUAUAAUUUGAUUGCAAAUUUCAGACGGAAAACGGUAACGCGGAUUUGGUCUCCAAAUUCCCGGAUGUGGAUCCAUUCUUACUACAGAAAUGGGAACGAAUCUUCACUAUGUUCUUCGGCAUGUUUUUUAAUCUUCGAGAGAUUAUAACUUUAAAAGGCCAAUGUUUUUAAUGUCCUAAUUUUAGAUCGAAACCUUUCGCACAACGUGGACUGGGGAGAUUUCUACUUGGUUGUGCGGGUGGGUUGAUUUAUUUUUACAUAUUGUAAAACCCCCGUUUUCUUAAGUCAUGUCUUAUAUAAUAUUUUAGCGCUGCCGAGACGUUUACGGAGCCGAAUCCACUCAAAUCGGAUAUGCCAGAAAGUCUAUGGAAGCUCUAUGGCAAGGUUUAUGCAAAGCGGCGGAUGCGGACAGAGACAAGUUAAUAUCUUUGGAAGAGUGGGUGUCGUUGAUAAAAGAGGUCAGCAAGAAAAAAGAUGACCACCCCAAGUGGCUGGAUGACUAUCAGUCCUUCAUGUUCAAGCUUUUCGAUGUCUCAAGUAAGUGUUUCCCUUCUCGACAAGCUAUUUUAUCCGGGUAUUGUCCCCUCAAAUGUGAUCCAUCUACACUUUAGGUGAUGGUGUCUUGGACAUGGCCGAAUACGCUGAUGGCAUGUCUCUCUACGGCUUCUCUUACAGAGAAUGCGUGGAGGCCUACAAGAAGUUUGCAGUCGAUCAGAAAGGAAACCAUCUGGACAGAGUGAAUCCACAGCAAUGGAAGGAAAUGUUUCUCCAACUGUUCUUCUCCACCGACCGCGAAGUACCUGGAAAUCAUCUGUUCGGAAAGGUGGCCGAGAUCUAA